AUGCUUGUAGCGUUGUUGCAGGCGAUUGUGUUGUUCAUCUUAUUCUGGGUUUGGUUGUCUGUGAUGGGAGGAAGCAGCUCAAAAGACUCGACCAGAGGCGGAAGCGGUCGGAGGUAUUCUCGUAGUCUGUCUGGGAGCUCGUCUGCUUCUUCUUGGGUACAGUACGGAGACCAGAACAGCUCCUAUCACACACCAAGCCAUCCAUCUGCGAGUCCUGCUCCUUCCUACAAUCCUGGAUGGCAAACUCAGAAGAAUCUUGAGAGAAAGUACUCACGGAUCGCUGAUAACUACCGAUCCAUCGAUGAGGUUACUGCUGCGCUUUCACACGCCGGUUUAGAGUCCUCGAAUCUGAUUGUUGGUAUUGAUGUCACGAAGAGCAACGAGUGGACAGGGGCGAGAUCAUUCGGUAGGAAGAGCCUGCAUUACAUUGGAACGGCUCCAAAUCCUUACCAGCAAGCUAUUUCCAUCAUCGGAAAGACUUUAUCGGUCUUUGAUGAAGAUAACUUGAUCCCAUGUUAUGGAUUCGGAGAUGCUACAACACAUGAUCAGGAUGUGUUCAGUUUCAAUCCCAAUGAUGCAUUCUGUAACGGGUUUGAGGAAGUUCUCAUGUGUUACAGAGAGAUUGUUCCCCAGCUCCGCCUUGCAGGUCCGACAUCUUUUGCACCCAUCAUCGAGAGGGCCAUGACAAUUGUGGAAGAAAGUGGAGGACAGUACCAUGUUCUUCUCAUCAUCGCUGAUGGACAGGUGACAAGAAGUGUUGAUACAGAGAAUGGAGCAGUCAGUCCACAAGAGCAGCAGACCAUUGACGCCAUUGUUAGAGCAAGUGAGUAUCCUUUGUCGAUAGUUCUUGUUGGUGUUGGAGAUGGUCCCUGGGACACUAUGAGACAGUUUGAUGACAACAUCCCCGCUCGUGCCUUUGACAACUUCCAGUUUGUGAAUUUCACGAGUAUAAUGUCAAAGAACAUUGAUCCAGCAAGAAAAGAGGCAGAAUUCGCGCUUUCCGCGUUGAUGGAGAUCCCUUCUCAGUACAAAGCCACCCUCGAGCUAGGCUUACUCGGACGAAGAACAGGAAACUCUCCAAACAAGAUUGCGCUUCCACCACCGACUUAUGCUACUCAGUCUAUGCGCAACAGCCCAAGAACAUCUCGAUCAAGCAGCUUUCAGAACAGAACACCACAACCAUAUGAUGCUGGUGUUGCCACUGCACCACUUUCAAACGCUCGUAAUGAUAGCCAGCUUUGCCCUGUAUGUCUAGUGAUACCAAAGAACUUGGCUUUCAAUUGUGGUCAUCAGACUUGCUCAGAUUGUGGCGAAGACCUCAGUGUUUGCCCUAUCUGCCGAAGCUCAAUCUCGGUUCGUAUCAAGCUUUAUUAA